UCAGCGAAUCAUUUGGCUACUGUUUGCGAUCUUCUCCAUAGCCGUGCCGCUCGCCGUCGCUGUCGCCGUUGUCACUGAGUUUGGAGGCGCCGCCGCAGCUGACAGAUCUCGGAGUUGCCCGUCUCGAGAGUGGUGGGAAGCGCCUCCACUUUAACUGCUACUUCCCUGCCUGCGGCCUGAGACCGCAGCCCCGCCCUAGAGGGUUUCCAACCUGCGGAAAGAGCUUGCUAUCAUCACCUGUUCGACGCCGGGUUGCAUCCCCCUCCGUCUCCUUGAGAUAUUUUGCCGAUUUACUUGGCUCCGGCGAUAUUCCGGAGCGAAGAAAGAAAGGAACGUCGGGGUCGAGAUGCGGUCUCAGAUAGGAAGAAUCAAGGGGUCCGAGCAGCGGUGGAGACAAGAAAAGACUCUUGCUUUUUGGGAAUAAUAGUGGUUAUAAACCCUAAACCUAACCUGGCAGGUCUGGUGUCCCCUCUCCUCGUGUGUCAAAUGGAGAUUGAUACCAACUUCUCCACACUGCUUCAGAGCCUAAAGGUCGACGACCCAUGGACCCCUCCCAAGACAUGGGAAUCGAUCCCGUCCGAGAGCGGCGUGGUUCGAUGCUCUGACGCCUGCGGCGAAUUUUGUGACCCGACAAAUGGAUGUUCGUCGAUUUCCGAAGCUAAGUUGGUUCACUUAGUUUUGAAUGCAUUGAUAGGUGUAAAGACAUCGAUAAUGGAAAUUGAUAAGAUAUCAGAGAUAUUUUCUUCUUAUCCAGCUGACAGAACUUCUCACAGAGUUCCUACUUUAUGGUGUCGAUCAUUAAGCACUAGUGCUUUGGGGAAGAUCCUUAAAUGUGUUAGCCAAGCAGGUUUAGUUGUAUACUUGCUCCAGAAGUUUGUUGACUUCUUUAUGUGUCCAAGCCGUGAUAUAAAAGCAGUUUUGCAAAAAGGAUGCAGGAGUAACAGCCAAGAAGAUAUCAAAUUUCCAGAUCCCAAAUCGUCAGCGAAUGAGGAAGUUAACACUACUGGAGGAAUAUGGACAUACCCGCCUUAUAGUUUGGUUAACCAGGCAUUUGCUGUAGCUGUCAAAAAAAUUAUUCAAGGAUACUUUGGUUCCUUGAAUACUUUGCAGGCAUCAGUUAGACUGAGGCGCUCAGGAAUGGGUCAACAGAAAUCUUCUAUUCUUCCUGAUUCUUCCUGUGGUCUCUCAAGAUUUUCUCACUCUGGAAUUACUAUCUUAGAGGUCUUUCUACACACCAAUGAAUUGAGAACACAAAUUGAAACCCUUGGAAACAUCUGCUUUCCUAGGUUUGCUAAUCUUGCAUUAUCUAGAGAGGCUUUGACAAGUGAAACCAACUUAGAGUUUAAUAAUUUCCCAAGAGGAGUGGAUUUACUCUCAUAUUUGUAUGUUCAACUCCGUGAUGCUGAUCCAGUUCAUCAGCCACUUCUCAAGCUUCUCUUUGUCCGUGCAUGUGAACCCUACUGUAAUUUCAUCAAACAAUGGAUAUUUCGUGCAAACAUAAAUGAUCCUUACAAAGAGUUUCUUUUGCACAAAUCAUUGGAGUCCUAUGGGACAAGUGAAUCUGUUAAUGACUAUUUUAUGUCAGAGAUAAAGGAACAAGUUGAAAUCUUGGUCCCUUGCUUUCUUAACGAUAUUCACGGUCCCCUUAUCCGAGCUGGAUUACAGCUUCAAGUUCUUGUCAAAUUUCUGAGCUUAUUUGAUCUUGUUGUUGGAGAAAGAGCUAAUACCCAUUUCAAUUUGGUCAAUAUCAAGGAGAUUCUUCCUUGUUGGUCUGGCAUGCCAACUGAUUCAGUAUUCCUUUCAAAUUCAUUAACAUUCUGCAAACAGAGAAUUGAUGCCUUGAUUUACCAGAGGCAAAAUAUUUAUCAAAUGAUGCUUGAAAAACUUGUCAUUUUUUUCUCAAAGUUUGAUAUUCGAUACCGGAGCAUGGAUCACAUGGUUAUGACAUCUGGUAAUGCCUCUAACAUGUUUGGUGAAAGAAGUCCUCGCAUCCCUAUGCUUUUUCUUCCAAAUGGAAGCUUCAUCUUCUCUACAAGUUCUGAUGAAUUAGAAACUACCAAAAUAGAUAGAAGUCAAAAGAAUACUGAUGCAUCUUAUACAUCUGAUGACUCUUCACAUGCUCUGGAACCUUUAUUGAAUGCAGAGACUUCAUCUUCUUAUAGUUCUGAAGAAGAAAUUGAAUCUGAGAGUUCUCUCGUUCCACAUAGUGAUGCAUCACUGGCAGAUUAUUUUCUAUUUUCAAAUUCAUUUUCAAGUCAUGAGAAAAAAAAUCUACUCCAAAACUCCAUUACAGCUGGAAGGCUCUGCUCCUCUCAGGGUUAUUAUGAUAAUAGCGUCAAACGUCAGGGCCCUGAGACUCCUCCAACUGUUUCUUGUAAGGAUGCAAACAUCAGUGAAAGUUCAGUCUUCAAUUUUGGUGGUGAUGAAAAAUCAAGCACAACUCCUGUGCCUAUAGAUGGACACAAUUCAGAUCAUUGCUGGCUUCCAACUAGUUCUUAUGAUAUGCUGAACAGCAGUGGUUUAAAAGAACCAUGUAUAGCCAAGAACUUUAUACCGAUGUCAAAUGAGAAAACACAUGCACUGGAGAAUACAGAAUUAAAUUAUGAUAAAGUUGUCCCCCCUUUCUCAAGUGUAGGUAUUCUUAAAGGAUCUGAAUUCAUGAGUGCCAUAAAUCAACCUCACUCUUUGGAUAUCUUUACAUCAUUGAAUAGCAGUGACCACUAUGAUCUUAGUGCCAAUCCCAAUUCGACAAAAUUGCCAUGCUUUAACAAUAUUGAAAAAUCAAAGGAUACAAUUAACAAUAAAAGAUAUUCACACUUUCCAUAUUUUGACUUCGCAAAGAUGGUUGAUCCUUGUUAUUAUUUCGGAAGUAUGAUACCCAUCCAUGAUCAUCGGUUGCAAAAUGAAUCUUCUCGGCUUGUCAAUUUUGAUUCCUCUAAUGGCAAAGGUAGAACUAUUGAUGACUAUAAUCAACACAGUAUUGAAGAACAACCACAUUCUUAUCCAACUUGUUCAUCACACACAUCAAGGGAGGCACACCCCACAUCUCACAAUAUCCCUGCAAACGUAUUUGGGGGUGCAACCUGGGUGGGUUCAUUAAAAUACUCCCGUGAUGAUAUUAACAUUUGCACUGAAGACAAAUCAUACAAUUUAGCAACAAUUUCUGAGAUGCCUCUUGAUGUCGUAAUUGACAAAUGCAUAGCACAAGAAACUUUACUUCAAUAUCAGUAUGUCAGCAACUUCACUAUUAAGUUGCUUGAGGAAGGUUUUGACCUGCAUGAACAUUUAUUGGCUUUGAGGCGAUACCAUUUCAUGGAAAUCGCAGAUUGGGCAGACACAUUUGUUAUCUCUGUUUGUAAACAGAAAUGGUCUGUUAUUGAGCCAGAGAAGAAAGUAGCAGAGAUUCAAGGCCUCCUUGAGCUGGCAUUGCAAAGAUCUUCAUGUGAGAUUGAUAAAUAUAAAGAGAGGUUAUAUGUGUACAUGAACCAACAAAGCAAUGCUACCCUGUCAACUUCGUCAGCAGUCCAAUUUGCAGGUGUGGAUGUUUUUGAUUUCAUGCUGUUAGGUUAUAGAGUUGACUGGCCCAUCAAAAUCAUUGUGACACCUGCUGCUCUUCAGAUAUAUGCUGAGAUUUUUCGUCAUCUUUUUCAAGUGAAGCUUGCUACUUCUUCCUUGGCUGGAGUUUGGUACCAUUUAAAGGCACUGAUGCAUUCAAUAUUACAUGGCCAUGAUUCAAAGUACCAAGAAGCAGAUCUAAACAUCUUGAUGAAAUUAAGGCAACAAAUGAGUCACUUUUUGUCUGCUUUGCAACAAUAUCUGCAUUCACAAUUAUCAAAUGUCUCCUGGUGUCGUUUUCAACACUCCCUUAAAAAUCAGGUUAAAGACAUGCUGGAUUUGGAAUCUCUGCACAUGUCCUAUCUUGCUGAAGCUUUGCACAUAUGCUUCUUGUCCAACGAUAGCAAGCCGGUAGCUGCUAUCAUAAAGAAUAUUUUGCAAUGUGUUCUAGACUAUGGGCUGUGUCUCACUGGUGGCCAGUUAUCUGUGCUAGAUGACAGUUCAGAAACACUAGAAUUGCAAUCUCACAUAAACCUUUCUGAGGCUUUUGCAAUCAAGACAGCAUUCGAGAAAAAUCUUAAGGAUCUGUAUUUCUUGUAUUGCAAGUCGCCAAAACACGUUGACUUCAGCCUUUGUCGUUUCUGGGAUCAUCUCAACUACAACGAGUACUACUCUAAUUUCUUCAACAAAGACAUGGGCUACAUCUGCUUGUGAAACCCAGACACAUAUUUCAACAGAUUGACAAACAAGAUGGGAAUUAUAAUGAGCACAGCCUAGGUAAGCAAUGGCUUCUACAGACACCUAUGUUUGCAAAUUGCAACAUAAUGAGAUCAUACACGAGAAACCUGUUGCUGGAUUUGAACAGCAUGGUAGCUGUUAUUUACAUGUCUUUCUCAAUGUCGGAAGAGAAUUUAUUUACUAAAUUGGAUUGUUGAGCGACCACACUUGGAAUGACGCUAGUGUUUCUUUGCUCCACUUGUUUCAUUUCAUUCCCACAUCAUUCACCAUUUGUAACCGAGAUGGGUGCACAAAAGCUGGUGAAGUAUAGUUCUAUAGUUCAGUAAAAAUCUUCGAUAAACUUGUAUACAGAUGCCUGCUAAAUGGAGCAAACUGCAGAGUGGGUUGUGAAACAGUAGAACUUCUUAGGCGCCACUCCAUUCCUGUGUUAGUGUUAAUGUAAUUCUAUGCGCAAACGAGUGUUGGUGAACAUCCACUUUCAAUACUUUCUGUAUUUUCUUCCACCACUCUGAAUGGGUCAGAUCAUGUUUCCAGGUGAUGGAAUGAUUCUUUUCUUAUGGGUUCUAAAAUUUGAAAACAACAAAAAAAAAAAUGCUUAGAUAUGUGUUUGUCAGCUCAUUUGCGGUGUCUAUACACAUACUUUCUGGCUUUUUGUUAAACUAA